CUAUAUUUUGACGAAUCAUAGCCGUCGAUUAUUGUUUCUAAUUAAAUUGAUCUUGGGGUAUAAGAUUUAGAGACCUAAGACAUUGAUUUUGAUCUUUAAGGGUUAGAGCAUAGUAUAAUGUCCAAAAGAUCAAUCAAUUCAAACUCUAGAUAGUGUUUUCAUACUCAAGGUAUGUGAUACCCUGGAUUUCACCCUGGCUACCGCAGAACUCGCCAUAUAUAUAUUUAUUAGAGAUGUUUUUCAUUGUAACAAAGAAAUUAUGGAAGUUCUGAGUUCAAAUCUAAAAUGCGGGUAGCUUAAGGUUCUAUUUGCAUAUUUAAUAAGGUCUUUCUUCACUAAAAACCAAUAAAAUUAUGGUAUAGUUACUCUGUUGGAGGAUUGUUAUGUAACUUUUACUUUCGUGCAGUGCUUUUAGUAAGUAGUUGUGAAUAGGGUUUAUGAAAUACUAGUAUAAAAGAGACUUUUUUUUUAAUGUUAGUUGCGAGGAUUGAAAUAUCGUACCGAAAACGUUAGCGGUAGGUUAUUUUAUGUUAAAAUCGUGAUUUAAUCAUGGUUCAAUCGUAUUAUACCGCUAAAUAUCUCCUGCCAGUUUUGCUUCCGGUAGGAGAUUUUUGAGAUCGAACCCUCGGUACGGUACGAUAUUUUAAUCCUUGGUUGGUUGGCCGUUUCAUUAAUACGAAACAGGUGUAUAGAGUUUUCCAACACUGAAAGAAAGGAUAAAAUCCUCAACCUUAUGUCUUGGACGUGCCUCCGCCGGGGAACGAUGAGGACAUCAGACAAAUUCUCCAGGCACCAGCAGCUUCACUAGGCUGAUUUAUCACCGAUGACAAAGGGAAGAAAAGCAAAACCAUCGAUAAGGAGAACCAUUCCUAGAGGAAGCUCAUAGCUUCACCUUCACAACAAGUAAAUUAAUGUGUCUCUCCCAGCCCGGGCUAUGGACAGAUGGGAGACGACCAAAUCACUGCAAUUUGAGCAAUCGGCUGGAUGUCAUCCUCAGACCUCAAGUGUGACAUCCUUGCUCACAAGCUCUUUAAUCUUCAAUCAAGAAAACAAUGUUCAAGCAUCUCCGACUCAUCUUCAUUUAAGAUGAAGCAUGUGGAGGUAGAUGGUGAACCAGAGAGGAGCAAGCGAACCGACAAAAAUUGGGCCCCUCAAACACCUACUAGAGAGCCAUCGACACAUAUUUAGGAUCUGGUCGGGGAGCAAAAGCAUCUCCUCGGGAAGACUGGAACAACAUCAUCACAAGGAUGGAGAAAACACAUACAUGAAAGGAGAAGAAGAUGAAGCAAAUCUAUAUGCAGGAACCCGAACAAAAAAAGUUCGAAAAAAAUUGGAGAGUAACAAAGGAGAGGGAAGGAAAUAUCGGAUCAGAGGAGAGCUAAGGAUCCAGCAACAAAAAGAGGGCUUGAGGGCUACCGCCGAUCCCAAAUAGGAAAUCGACGACAUCCCCCUUUCAUAUCUGUAUUUGAAAUUUAGUGAGAAGGGAGAGGAAGGGAAUGGUAGACAGUGAAGCUAGCCAACAGAUUGAUGCUAUUAACACAAUGUUACGAAAAUUAGUAUAAAAGAGACGAUGAAUUGUCAGCGAGCACAAGAGAGUACAGAAAAAAUCAAAACUGAGAUAUGAUAGUAAGUGUUAGUCAUCACAUGUUGUUUCAAUUAAACUAGCUUUAUCGUCGGCAUGUUGGUCGGGCGAGUUUAGCGUCUUAUCUUAUCUGUCAGAUAAUUCACAAUUAUAUUUUAAUUAUUUCAAGUCUUUUCAAACCAUUUAUGUUUUCACACUUCAUUUUCAUGAACUUUUUUUUUGGUAGGACUCAUGAACAUAUCGGUGGCAUCUUGAUGUCAAGUUAAUGAGAUCGUAAGUAAGUAAAUUUUUGUUUCUCAACUAAGCAAAUACAGCAGGAUGAGCAAUGCUCCCAUCCAGUAUCUCGAGCAGCCCUCGUCCCUUAACGAAAAAAUCCGGAACUGAAAUUCCCACACAACAUAGCUGCUUGCGUCCAAUCGAAUAGAGACAUGCUUCCUAAAUCCAUAGGCUCUGAUAUCAUGUGAACAACUCGAAUCGUAAACAAGCAACACCUCAUGAGCCUGUCAGGGAAACAGUAUGGAGAAAACGGAUUGAAGGCGUGAUUUUGAUCACUCUCCUUAGAGUGUUUAUUUGCCCCCACUACUUAGUUGCUGGUAGGAUUUAGGCAAACCACCCCCAAGAGUCCCUCCAAUCAAAGUCAGAAAGCAACACCUUUCGUGACUUCUAUGUUUGUGUUUUUGGAGAAGGAAAAAACGAGGAGAAGAAGGUGAACGUUGGACGAAAAGUUCGGCUGCAGAAGACUUUUUAUAGUGAAAACUGCAGUUCCCUUCCGAAGGGUUACGUCGUUUCACAAAAGUCAAAAUCAAAUAAUUAUCCGGAUUAAUUAAUUAAAAUAAUUCCGGUAAUUAAUUAGCCAAAAAUUCAAAUUCAAACGCGUAGUACAAUUUAAUUUGUCACUAACCACUUUAUUCAAUAACUAAAGUGGAAAGCAAACUUAAAAACAACUUGCACUUUUCUUCUCCCACCAAUGUGGUAUUUCCUUUACUCUUUGACUACUCUAACAGAGCCUACUCUACAUGGACUAUGCUGCGAUUAACAAGUCUAACCCAACCCAUUGUCAUCCCUGCUGCCUGCCCUGGCUAAUCUGUCGAUGUAGUUUUCCUUAUGGAAAUGGUUCAUUAAAUGGUUUCGCAGCAAGAACUGGAGGACAGCAACGUUUCUGGUGUCGUGUACAGAUCCACACGUUUUUGUUUCUGUUUGCCCUCCACAAGGAAAACGCAUGGUGGUAGCCUGAAACAGCAAUUGCCAAUUUCAACAAGUCAAAACAAAAUAAACCAUUGUCCAAUUGCUCUGUUCAUUGCCCGGCCGUCCCUUCUUGACCGCCCUUCCUCUAUAACAAUUCCAAUAAACAAAAAAAAAAAACUGUUUCUCUGUUUUCCCUUUUCCCCCUUCCGUUUGUUUAUUCUUUUCCCCCUAUAUAUAUACAGAAUAAGCUUUCCCUGUUUUGUCUCGUUUUGUUUCUUGAGAAAAACAGAGAAUCCCUCCCCUGUUUUUGCUCUGUUCUUGAUCGUGGGGUUUUUUUCUUUUUGGUAGAGAUGGCCGUGCCGUCGUUGUCAAGCAUCUUUCGCGGCGGGCAUCAUCGUCCGGCUGCCGAGAAUAAUCAUCACCCACCGGCGGCGCCGCCACCCUCAAACUACGUGUGCGAGGGGGACGUUUGUUAUCUGAGAAAAGAGAGUCAGGGGAGCAGCCAGAGCCAGAGCCAGAGCCGGAAAUCCUCCGCCGGCAAGGGGAAGCCGCCGAAGGAGCCGGCCGUCGUUUGCUUCUCAAUGUUUCCUCGCCGGAUUCGCCUGGGGAAGGCUCCCACCUUGUAAGCUUCAAUUCCUAUAUAUAUAUAGAUGUAAUACGGAAUUGAGGUGUGACUCUGAGGAUCACAUUCGUCGGAAAGUUAGAGGCUUCAGCUUUUAUUCAUCGGAAAGAAAUGAAUUUAAAAUUUGAUUGUAUUGUUAUAUGUUUGUAGUUUCUGUAUUGUUCUUAUUCGUUGGUAAAGGAAACAGCUGCCGUUUGUAUAUAUAAUAUACAGUGCUGAUUUGCUCUUUGUAAUAAUGAAUCUUUAUCGCGUGUCGUGUGAACGACAGCCUUCAACUUUUUUCCUUUAGAAAAAGAGAGAGGCUAUUGUUCCAACAAAAUAGGCAGAAGACAAUAAAAACACGAUUAUAAAAAAGACCAUUGCACGUUAAAAGAUUCAUUACAUGAAGGGGGAAAUGAAAAGGAUUAUCCUAUCUAAAUUUACGUUAAAAAGGUAUUAGUGUCUGAUGCAGGAAAGACUUUGAAUCAAAAUACUUAGGGGUCGUUUGCUUCAAGGAUUUGGUACCAAAAAACCAACUAUUAAGGAUUUAGGUACAAUCCGUUGUUUGCUUGCACCUUUUUUGGAGACCAAAUCCGUGAGGCCCACGGAUUUUAAGGGUCCAAAUCCGUGGACCCCACGGACUUAUAAAUCCCACAUGUUGAUGUGGGAUUUGGAAUAUGGCAUAAAUCCUUGAUGAGAUUUUACCCAUAUACCCUCAUGCACUUUUAAUAUUACAAGGUUGCCAUCAAAUUUAACUAUUAUACAUUAUAAUUAACAAUAAAUGAAUAAUAUAAACGUUC